AUGUGUGGAGAAUUGAAUGAAACAGUAAACCAUGCUCUUUUAACAUGUCCGGAAGUGAAUAGCAUAUGGAAGAGCUCCCCACUGAGGCUGGAGGUGGGAAGCCUAGAAGUACAUUCCUUUAUGGACUGGGUUAUCAGAACUCGAAUGAAAGUAACAAACCCGGAUUGGUGGAAUUUAUUUUGGAGCCUACUAUGGGGAGUUUGGCUGCGCCGAAACGCAUGGGUCUUUGAAAAACGUCGAAUGGAGAGCAUGGAAGUGAUCCUUAAAGCUGGGGCAGUGGUGGAAGAAUAUUCGAGGGCAAAUGAAGCAUCGGACCCGAUCAUAGAGGCUGAGAAGGCUGGGGGAAAUAUAUGGCAGGCUCCGGAUGAGGGAACUUACAAAAUUAAUACGGAUGCUGCAAUCUUCAAAUCGGGCAAGGUGGGUUUGGGGGGUGUAAUACGAGAUCAUGUGGGAGAGGUGGUAGCUGCAACAUGUAUGGUAGAGAAUGGUAGUGUGGAAGUCGAGGUAGCAGAGGCACUUGCGGCGCGACAUGCGAUGAAAAUAGCCAUGGAAUGUGGUUUUACAAACAUAGUUCUAGAAAGUAAUAAUCUGAAACUCAUUAAGCAUCUGAAGGAAAGCUUAUGGGAGAACACUAGCUUUGGAAAUGUGGUUGCUGAUAUACUUUGGAUGAGCUCUUUGUGUACUAGUGUGAGCUAUAGUCAUAUUAGGAGGAAGGGGAACUGUGUAGCCCAUUGCCUUGCUAAGGCUAGUAAGGAAUAUGAUAGUAUGAGAGUUUGGCUGGAAGAGAGUCCUGAGGAAAUAGUCUCGGGUGUAACGAAUGAUUUGCUCCAUAUGAAUGAAUAA